UUUCGAUAAAUGUUUUGUAAACUCAACGGAUCGAAAAAUGUUUGUCUAAUAAAUAAUAAUUUAACUUAUUUUUCUUCCUGAUAUAUAUCUGAUAGUUCAGUUAGAACGUUCUUAAUUAGAAAUGUCUCAUAAUGCUGCUCCUAUCACAGCAACGGACAGUUUGUCCCAAGCUUUGAAAGCAAACAUAAUUCCUAACCAAGAAUACUUGCUGCAGGGCUCGGUUUUGGAUUCAGCGGUGGAAGUGCUUCUUCAUAGACUUCGAGGUCUGUGUGACAACGUAGAUGCCGGCCCCGAAACUUUCGACGAUCAAGAAGUCUGCUUUAGUUUACGAGAUCCUAAUCAACAGGCAGCACCAUUGAUGUUAAGAGUUCGAAAAGCUCUAGAUGCGCGUGAUAUGCCGUACCAAUUGAGAUACAUUGGACAGCCAGACCUAGGUGAUAAGAACAGACCAACUGUUGUACGCUCCAGUCUGGAUAUAGCAUGCAGUGGAAUGCUGAUUGACUUUCUAACUGAACUAGGAUGCAGGAUUGAAUUUGAAUAUAGUGUGAAAGGUUAUAUGUUCAGAAAAGGAAGAAUGAAGAUUACUGUGGCUAAAGUGUUUAAGAUUUCACAGACUUCCAUGCCCCCUGAGCCAAUAUCUCAGAGCUACCUUGUUGAACUAUCAGUGCUAGCACCACAGGGUCAGGAUGCUAUUGGAGAAGAUAUGAGGACUUUUGCCGACCAGCUCCGACCUUUAGUACAACUCGACAAAAUUGACUACAAAAGAUUGGGUCACAUGUCUGUUCCAUAACAAAUGUAUUCUCUAUAUGAGAAUAUGUAAUUAUUUAUUUACAUUAACA